ACACAGCGCCCGGCAACCGACAUGGCCGCGUAUCGCAGUGAGGAGCGCGGCUGCCGCAACUCCCUGAGUUACCGCAUGUUCCUGAAAAACUCAGAGGGCGUUUAUAUCUCUCCAUUCCACGACAUACCAUUGUACGCGGAUCCAAGUCAGAAUGUGUUCAACAUGGUGGUGGAGGUUCCUCGCUGGACCAACGGGAAGAUGGAGAUUGCAACCAAGGAGCCGCUGAACCCUAUCAAACAAGAUGUGAAGAAAGGAAACUUGCGUUUCGUGGCGAAUAUUUUUCCUCACAAGGGAUACAUUUGGAACUACGGGGCUCUUCCACAGACUUGGGAAGACCCAAAACACAAAGACGAAUCCACCAACUGCAAUGGAGACGAUGAUCCCAUUGACGUCUGUGAAAUUGGAACCAAGGUUUGUUCAACAGGAGAAGUGAUCCGGGUAAAAAUUCUGGGCACUUUAGCUUUGAUUGACGAAGGUGAAACUGACUGGAAACUUAUUGCGAUCAAUGUUGAGGAUCCUGAAGCAAACUGUUUCAAUGAUAUUUGUGAUGUAAAGAGACUAAAGCCAGGAUACAUGGAAGCCACAGUUGACUGGUUCAAAAGGUACAAGGUGCCUGAUGGGAAACCGGAAAACCAGUUUGCAUUUGACGCCAAUUACAAGGAUAAGGAAUUUGCCCAUGCUGUAAUCAAGAGUACUCAUGAGUUCUGGAAAAAGCUUAUUAUGAACAAAUCCAAGGAGAGAGACAUUGACUGUACAAAUACUACUGCGACCAAAAGUCCUUUCUACAGCUCUGCAGAAGCUGCAGAAGAAAUCGUGAAGAAGGUGCCGCCGUGCGGAGUGGCUCAAUCAAUUUCAGCAGAUGUGGACAAGUGGUGGUAUGACGAAAAGAAUUAACCAGCAAGACAGACAUCACUGUGCUAUCAUGUUUUAUUCUAAAUGAUAGUAUUUAAUUACCAAGCUGAACUGCGUUAUAACCUGUAGUAGCUAUGAAUAGAAUAACUCAGGAACUGAAGGAAUAACAAGAAGGUACUCCAAAGGGGUGUAGAGUAUUGGUCCGCUUUUGAAAUUUGUAUAGGAGUACAGAAGUGUAAUUAGAAUAAAAUCAUCAGUGAUCUGUUUGUGUUAUGAACAUGAAACCCUGCUAAACCUAAUAAAAAUUGGAUGUC